AAGUUAUUGUAUAAUCAACUCAAAAUAACAGAAAAAAAUCAAAACAAUGGAGGCAAAAAACAAUGGCAAAUGUUCAACAGCUUAUCCAAUGAAUGGUGGAGAUGGCCCCUAUAGCUAUGCCAAUAACUCCAUAUUUCAGAGAAUACUCAUCGAUUGUACCAAAGAAAUUAUAAGCAUGAGCAUAUUAGAGAAGCUUGAAAUUACUCCUUCAAAAUCAUUUUGGAUUGCAGAUUUAGGAUGUUCAAUUGGACCUAAUACAUUCUAUGCAGUGAAAACCCUAAUUGAAUCUUUGAAAUUAAAGUAUCAAACUAAUAGUUCCAAAUUACUCCCUCAAUUUCAAGUCUUCUUCAAUGAUCACACCUCAAAUGAUUUCAACAUGCUUUUCAAGUCCCUUCCCGAGGAUCGAGGCUACUACGCGGCCGGUGUCCCAGGAUCAUUUUACGGACGAAUCUUUCCCGACGCUUCACUUCAUUUAGUUCAUUCUUCUUUCACUCUUCAUUGGCUAUCUCAAGUGCCUAAAGAAGUUAAUGACAAAAGCUCUCUUGCAUGGAAUAAAGGGAGAGUUUAUUACUCAAAUUCUAAAAAUGAUGAUCAAGUGAUUAAGGCCUAUAAAAAUCAACAUGAAAAGGAUAUGACAAUGUUUUUGAAAGCUAGGGCACAAGAGAUUGUGUUUGGAGGGUUGAUGAUGCUUAUUGUUCUUGGUAUUCCUAAUGGAAUUCAUCAUUCUGAAUCUGGAGGGAAUAAGAGCUUUGAACUUAUUGGAUCUUGCCUCAAUGAUAUGGUUCAAAAGGGAAUUGUAAGUGAAGAAAAGGUGGAUUCUUUCAACAUACCAAUUUAUUUGAUGAGUCCCCAAGAAUUUGAAAAAUCAGUGAAUGAAAAUGGAAGUUUUUCAAUAGAGAGAUUAGAUGUUUUACCUCAUGUGAAAGUAAUAAAUGGAGUUGGUCUUAAUUCACAUCAAAUUACAUUUUGUAUGAGAUCUACUCUUGGAGAACUAAUCAAACAACACUUUGGAGAAGAAAUCAUUGACAAACUCUUUGAUUUGUAUCUUCAAAAAGUGGAAGAGAUUCAUCCAACUUCUAUUAUUGAAUCACUCAAAACUUUGAACUUCUUAGCUGUUCUUAAACGCAAUAACUAACUCGAUAAAUUAAGAUUACUUAUGUUGAAAUUUUCUUUCGAAAUCAUGCAUGUUGUUCGUAACCUGUUGAUGUCAAAAAAUUGUUCGAUAAAGAAUUUCUAUUCUUUUCUUAAAAAUAUAAGAGUUAUAAAUCUAUGUUUGAAAGAUUGUAUUUGGCUCAGUUUGAUUAAUAAAAAUUUAUUUCUUGAUU